AUGGACACCCGCACGUACCGCCGAACGAUACCGGCGGAAAUCACGGGCACGCCCUGCAACAUCGACCUACCACUCCCGAGCAGCUGUGAGGCCUCCCCGCGCAGCGACAACCCGGACUUCUCCGACCCACUCCCCAACAUAGCUGACUUCAACCCGGGACACGCAAUUUGCUUCCAAAACGACCCCCCUGCGUACUCUGGCGAGCACCAGAACGCCUCCCCGCUAGGCCCAGACGCCACCACGCCCACGACGAAUGGCAGGCAAAGUGAGUUCCGUAAUCUAGGGCACCCAUCGUCCCAGAGCCGUCCCGAAGCGGCGUCCUACCCCCUCCAUCCCGUCGGAGACGGAUGGCCGCGGCUCCCCAACGCGAUGCAGAAUGGGUCCCAGCCACGUACGCCGCAAACGGCUGGGCCCAGAUCUUCCGCGAGCCAAGCUCAGCUCUGUGCUACGAGCCAGCCCGACCGACUCCCCGCCCUCGCGGUCCGCAAGGCCAAGAAGCGUCUGCGCACAGCAUCCCUAGACGCUGAGCUAGAUAGCGAGGACGAACUAGGCCCUGAGCUCCCGAGGUCAUCGAACGGAAAGCGACCGGCGGCCCCAGUGAACUCCAACGCGCACGCCGCGAGCUCCGGAGACCUGCAAACGGCCCCAGCGCCGAAUGCCUUCUACCACACGUGGUCCCAGUUUGACUCUGUGACCGAGAAGCCCGCGCAGGAAGAGCAGGCUGGACAUGUCCAAGCCCAAGCUCACCCCGGGACCCAGACGCACCCCCUUCUUGCGGGUAUGACAGCUAACGCUGCCGCGCACAACCUUCCGGCGUUCGAUGAUUACAUCCAAGGGGCGAUCCACAACUACUACACGAAGCUCACAACGGGACAGGAGCUGCUCCUCCCCCUCCUGCAGACGGCUGGCGGGUCGCACCCCCUGACUGUGCAACACGCCCUGACCGCGCACCCCGCCGCGAACGCGACCGCACUCCCUCUGCAGAACGCGGCGCGACCUCCUCCCGCGCUGCUAAAAGACUCGAUUCACGCCCCAGAGAGCGCGCAGAAGACGGAGACCGUGUCGGUGUCGCCGCCGGAGAACAUGGAGGUCGAUGAAGACGCACCUGAACACUGCCAGGCCCCCGCGGAACCUCCACAGGCCACGAGCGAAGCAAACGCGACGCACGCGCGAGGACACCCGACUGAGCUGCCCGUCUACGACAAGCUGUCCGCGCCCCGAGACGACAACAACCCCCCUGUGAGGACUGCGGCGGGGCCCAAGCUCGCCAACGCACACGUCCUCCCCGUGAACACCCCGAAGCAGCCACCCCCCACUGCUCCCAACAGUGCAACCAUGCCCCGUGUGAUGGGACGUGCGGAGUACCUCCGCGAAUCCGGCAUCCUGAACGUGCUCUCCGUAACAAACGACGACUUCCCCAAGAAGCAUGCGCAAUCGACUCGCGACCUCCUCCGAGGACUCCCUGAAUCCAUGGCGGAGACGUGGGAGGGCCUCAGCGGCAAGAACCACGUAAUUCUUGAAGUACUCAAGCAAGAACGUCGCAGCGAUCAACCAUAUCUAGACGCAGUCGAGAAAGUGAUCAGAUCGACCUUCGGCAAAAUCCUCGGCACAGCGAAGUUGACUCUCCUCUCCGCGACCGCGGGACAGAACGACGCGCCGGGCAAACCUCUCGCGCUGAUCUGGAUGCUCUACGACUGCUCAGACAACGAAGUUGCGAUCCUCGCGCAACAACUUGCCUGGCCGACGCCGGACCUCACCGCCUUCGUCCAUACCGUCUUUGUAGGCAUCCCUGACCACCUCAUAACGUACACGGGCUUCAAGAUACCGUACGACGUCACCAUCAAGAAGGGAGUCACCGCCACGUUCCUGCAGGAUGACCCGUUCCGCGCGCUUGUCAAACUCCUCAAGCUGGAGCACGGCGACCGCCCGGGCGUCGACUACGCGGCCAUGGCGAGGGCUGUCAUCCAGGGCAUUCGCGUCAAGUCGUACCGAGUUGGCAAGCCGGAUGGACCAGGCGAGAUCGUCGCGUCGGUCUACUGCGACCCCCCGACGACCAACGCCGGGGCGUGGUACACCUGGCAGUGUACUCUCUUCAACACGACGGUGAAGACAGACCUCAACGAAGUCGCUGUGCCGCGGGACCCCGUCCGAUGCCGCGACUGCCAGGGCGGAGACCACGACGAGCGCAACUGCCCUUUCGAGGAGGUUGAAGGUUGGUUCGGCAAACUGAACCUUGGCCCAAUCGCCGCCCCCUCCGCCCAACAGCAGCCGCAACAAGGGAGCAGCGGAACGAGCGACCGCGCCGCGCCGCGCCCGCAGCCGCCGACGCCGCCGCCAUCCUCAGGGCCUGCCUCCGCCGCGCAGGCCCCGGCGCCUCAUCCGCAACCGCAACGCCCGCCCACCCGCGCGCGCACGCCGCCGCCGCGGGUCAACCCGCACCAUAGCGCACCGAGGGACGUGCAGCCGCACUACCCACAGAACGGACCCGCGCACCAACAGCCCCCGCCACCGUACUCGAGCGCGGCGAGCGCAUGGCCUCCGCCCUUGCCCCCGCCGCACAUGCAGCCCAUGCUGCGCCAGCCGUACACCGCGACGUACCCAAUGGAGCCCCCCUACCCUCCCUACUACCCGCAGCACCAGCCGUACUACUACCACCCUCAGUUCUACGCGCAGCCGCAGUAUGCACCUCCCCCGGGCGGCGACCGGAGCGAGCGGCACGAGGAAUACGAGGACGAGGGCUACGCAGGACAGCACGCCUCGCAGUACUCCACGCGCGGCAGAGGAGGGUACCCUCCGCGUGGGGGCCAGCGGCGCAGAGGGCAAAACCGCUCGCAGAACCCGCCGGCUCCUCGCAUGUAG